AUGAUCCUCCUAAACUCGACUGGCCUGCGGUCAGAACAUCCACAUCACUGCAUCAACACUGAACCUGCAAGCCUGAGAGACUCACAGGAUCACACAGAACCGGUCUGGUCUGGUCUGGUCUGGUGUGGUGUGGUGUGGUGUGGUCUGGUCUGGUUUGGUCAGGUGUGGUGUGGUCUGGUCAGGUGUGGUGUGGUGUGGUGUGGUGGGGUCUGGUCUGGUCAGGUGUGGUGUGGUGUGGUCUGGUCUGGUCAGGUGUGGUGUGGUGUGGUGUGGUCUGGUCUGGUUUGGUCAGGUGUGGUGUGGUCUGGUCUGGUUUGGUCAGGUGUGGUGUGGUCUGGUCAGGUGUGGUGUGGUGUGGUGUGGUGUGGUCUGGUCUGGUUUGGUCAGGUGUGGUGUGGUCUGGUCAGGUGUGGUGUGGUGUGGUGUGGUGGGGUCUGGUCUGGUUUGGUCAGGUGUGGUGUGGUCUGGUCAGGUGUGGUGUGGUCUGGUCUGGUCAGGUCUGGUGUGGUCUGGUCUGGUCAGGUGUGGUGUGGUCUGGUGUGGUGGGGUCUGGUCUGGUCAGGUCUGGUGUGGUCUGGUCUGGACCGUCACAAUGUGCCUUUUUGGUCUGGUCUGGUCUGGUCAGGUGUGGUGUGGUGUGGUGUGGUGGGGUCUGGUCUGGUUUGGUCAGGUGUGGUGUGGUCUGGUCAGGUGUGGUGUGGUCUGGUCAGGUGUGGUCUGGUCUGGUCAGGUGUGGUCUGGUCUGGUCAGGUGUGGUGUGGUCUGGUCUGGUCAGGUCUGGUGUGGUCUGGUCAGGUGUGGUGUGGUCUGGUGUGGUGGGGUCUGGUCUGGUCAGGUGUGGUGUGGUCUGGUCAGGUGUGGUCUGGUCUGGUCAGGUGUGGUGUGGUGUGGUGUGGUCUGGUCUGGUCAGGUGUGGUGUGGUCUGGUCAGGUGUGGUCUGGUCAGGUCUGGUCUGGUCAGGUCUGGUGUGGUCUGGUGUGGUGUGGUCUGGUCUGGUCUGGUCAGGUGUGGUGUGGUCUAGUGUGGUUUAGUCUGGUUUGGUCUGGUCAGGUCUGGUGUGGUCUGGUCUGGUCAGGUGUGGUGUGGUCAGGUCUGGUGUGGUCUGGUGUGGUGUGGUGUGGUCUGGUCUGGUCUGGUCAGGUGUGGUGUGGUCUGGUCUGGUCUGGUCUGGUGUGGUGUGGUGUGGUCUGGUGUGGUGUGGUGUGGUGUGGUGUGGUGUGGUGUGGUAGGGUAGGGUCUGGUCUGGUCUGGUGUGGUGUGGUCUGGUCAGGUCUGGUGUGGUCUGGUCAGGUGUGGUCUGGUCUGGUCUGGUCAGGUCUGGUGUGGUGUGGUCUGGUCUGGUGUGGUCUGGUCUGGUCAGGUGUGGUGUGGUCUGGUCAGGUGUGGUUUAGUCUGGUCUGGUCUGGUCAGGUAUGGUCUGGUCAGGUCUGGUGUGGUUUGGUCUAGUGUGGUUUAGUCUGGUUUGGUCUGGUCUGGUCAGGUCUGGUGUGGUCUGGUCUGGUCAGGUGUGGUUUAGUCUGGUCAGGUCUGGUCUGGUCUGGUGUGGUGUGGUCUAGUGUGGUUUAGUCUGGUUUGGUCUGGUCUGGUCAGGUCUGGUGUGGUCUGGUCUCAUCAGGUGUGGUUUAGUCUGGUCUGGUGUGGUUAGGUCUUGUGUGGUGUGGUCUAGUGUGGUUUAGUCUGGUUUGGUCUGGUCUGGUCAGGUCUGGUGUGGUCUGGUCUGGUCAGGUGUGGUGUGGUCUGGUCAGGUGUGGUGUGGUCUGGUCAGGUGUGGUCUGGUCUGGUCAGGUCUGGUCAGGUCUGGUGUGGUGUGGUCUAGUGUGGUUUAGUCUGGUUUGGUCUGGUCUGGUCAGGUCUGGUGUGGUCUGGUCUGGUCAGGUGUGGUGUGGUGUGGUCUGGUGUGGUCUGGUCUGGUCAGGUGUGGUGUGGUCUGGUCAGGUGUGGUUUAGUCUGGUCUGGUCUGGUCUGGUCAGGUCUGGUCUGGUCAGGUCUGGUGUGGUCUAGUGUGGUUUAGUCUGGUUUGGUCUGGUCUGGUCAGGUCUGGUGUGGUGUGGUCAGGUCUGGUGUGGUCUGGUGUGGUCUGGUGUGGUGUGGUGUGGUGUGGUGUGGUGUGGUGUGGUGUGGUGUUGUAGGGUCUGGUCUGGUCUGGUCUGGUCAGGUCAGGUGUGGUGUGGUCUGGUCAGGUUUGGUUUAGUCUGGUCAGGUGUGGUGUGGUCUGGUCAGGUGUGGUGUGGUCUGGUCAGGUGUGGUCUGGUCUGGUCUGGUCAGGUCUGGUCUGGUCUGGUCUGGUCAGGUCUGGUGUGGUGUGGUCUGGUGUGGUGUGGUCUGGUCUGGUCAGGUGUGGUGUGGUCUGGUCAGGUGUGGUUUAGUCAGGUCUGGUCUGGUCAGGUCUGGUGUGGUGUGGUGUGGUCAGGUCUGGUGUGGUGUGGUCUGGUCUGGUGUGGUCUGGUCUGGUCAGGUGUGGUGUGGUCUGGUCAGGUGUGGUUUAGUCUGGUCUGGUGUGGUCUGGUCAGGUCUGGUCUGGUCUGGUGUGGUCAGGUCUGGUGUGGUCUGGUGUGGUGUGGUCUGGUCUGGUCUGGUCUGGUCUGGUCAGGUGUGGUGUGGUCUGGUCUGGUGUGGUGUGGUGUGGUUUGGUCAGGUCUGGUCUGGUCUGGUCUGGUGUGGUGUGGUUUAAUCUGGUCUGGUCUGGUCUGGUGUGGUCAGAUCUGGUGUGGUCUGGUGUGGUGUGGUCAGGUCUGGUGUGGUCUGGUGUGGUGUGGUGUGGUCUAGUCUGGUCUGGUCUGGUCCGGUGUGGUGUGGUCUGGUCUGGUCUGGUCUGGUGUGGUGUGGUGUGGUCAGGUCUGGUGUGGUCUGGUGUGGUCUGGUCUGGUGUGGUCUGGUGUGGUCUGGUCUGGUCUGGUCUGGUGUGGUGUGGUCUGGUCAGGUGUGGUCUGGUCAGGUCAGGUGUGGUGUGGUGUGGUGUGGUGUGGUCUGGUGUGGUCUGGUCUGGUGUGGUUUAGUCUGGUCUGGUCAGGUCUGGUCAGGUGUGGUUUAGUCUGGUCUGGUGUGGUCUGGUCUGGUCUGGUCUGGUGUGGUGUGGUGUGGUCUGGUCUGGUCUGGUGUGGUCUGGUCUGGUCUGGUGUGGUGUGGUCUGGUCUGGUGUGGUCUGGUCUGGUGUGGUGUGGUUUAAUCUGGUCUGGUCUGGUCUGGUGUGGUCAGGUCUGGUGUGGUCUGGUGUGGUGUGGUCAGGUCUGGUGUGGUCUGGUGUGGUGUGGUCUGGUCUGGUCAGGUGUGGUGUGAUCUGGUCUGGUCUGGUCUGGUGUGUCAGGUGUGGUCUGGUCAGGUGUGGUCUGGUCAGGUGUGGUCUGGUCUGGUGUGGUCUGGUCUGGUCAGGUCUGGUCUGGUCUGGUCUGGUUUGGUCAGGUCUGGUGUGGUUUAGUCUGGUCAGGUCUGGUGUGGUGUGGUCUAGUGUGGUUUAGUCUGGUUUGGUCAGGUCUGGUGUGGUCUGGUCUGGUCAGGUGUGGUUUAGUCUGGUCUGGUCAGGUCUGGUCUGGUCUGGUGUGGUGUGUUCUAGUGUGGUUUAGUCUGGUUUGGUGUGGUUUAGUCUGGUUUGGUCUGGUCUGGUCAGGUCUUGUGUGGUGUGGUCUAGUGUGGUUUAGCCUGGUUUGGUCUGGUCUGGUCAGGUCUGGUGUGGUCUGGUCUGGUCAGGUGUGGUUUAGUCUGGUCUGGUCUGGUCUGGUCUGGUCAGGUCUGGUCUGGUCUGGUGUGGUGUGGUCUAGUGUGGUUUAGUCUGGUUUGGUCUGGUCUGGUCAGGUCUGGUGUGGUCUGGUCUGGUCAGGUGUGGUUUAGUCUGGUCUGGUCUGGUCAGGUCUGGUGUGGUCAGGUCUUGUGUGGUGUGGUCUAGUGUGGUUUAGUCUGGUUUGGUCUGGUCUGGUCAGGUCUGGUGUGGUCUGGUCAGGUGUGGUGUGGUCUGGUCAGGUGUGG